AUGACGUGGGGUCACAUCCAACGUGGUACCUCCUUGUCCGUCGGUGCGGCGAUCAAGCGCCUCCUCGACGCGGCCCUUCUCGUUCACGCAGCUGCCCAAGGCGACGAUGCCGGUGAGGCAGAGUGGAUGCUUCCGGCUGGGGUUGACCUUAGCGGUCGGCCCACCUACCAGAUGCGCACUAUUCUCGAUGAUAUGAAGAAAGAUGGUCGGGUCGUCGUCCUCACGACAUGGGAGCCAACGUGGAAACCAACCGAAAACCUGCCAUCGGCUGAGAUCAAGAAGUACAGGCAGCGCAAGCGCCGCAAGGUGGAGAAGGCGUUGAGGCAGAGGCCAAAGAAGACAAAGAGGUGA